UAGCACGAUCCACCUCCCGAGAAUGUAACUGACGUUUAACAAAAUCAUCUCUUCAUCAAGAUCCUCCUCAAAAGACUCUUCAUCGCUGUUGUGAUUGAGGGGUAUUUUGUUGAAGAGAGGCAGAGAUGAGUGAGGUAUUCGAAGGUUACGAGCGACAAUAUUGUGAGCUGUCUACGAACUUGUCCAGAAAAUGUAGCGCAGCUGCUUCUCUUGUCGAUGAAGAGCAAAAAAGCAAGGAGAUUGAGGAACUACAAUCCGGAAUAGAUGAUGGUGACGUGCUGAUAAGAAAAAUGGAUCUUGAGGCAAGAAGUUUGCAGCCAGGUGUGAAGGCAAUGCUGCUUGCCAAGCUUCGUGAAUACAAAUCUGAUUUGACGAAGUUGAAAAGGGAGGUUAAAAAACUUGCUUCAGCUAAAUCCAAUCAAACUGCACAUGAAGAGUUGCUAGAGUCUGGAAUGGCCAAUGCCCAUAUGGCUGCUGCAGAUCAACGAGAUAGACUGGCAAUGUCAACUGAGAGACUAAAUCAAUCUAGUGAGAGAAUCAAGGAGAGCAGGAGAGCUGUGUUUGAAACAGAAGAGCUUGGUGUCUCGAUCCUUCAAGAUUUACAUCAACAACGAGAAACUCUCCUAAAUUCCCAUACAAAGCUCCAUGGUGUAGACGAUGCGAUUGACAAGAGUAAGAAAGUGUUGACGGCCAUGUCGAGAAGGAUGUCGAAGAACAAGUGGAUCCUUGGGUCUGUGAUUGGAGCCCUUGUGCUUGCAAUCAUCUUUAUCUUGUAUUUUAAGCUCUCUCAUUAGCAGCAAAGGCACCCAUUGGAUGUUGUACAUAUGAUGUUGUUAUCAUCAACCUCAUGCUUUUCUGCAAUUUAGACAUCAUCUCUUGUUUCAAGCUUUGUUGUAAAAUUAACCUAAAACUUUGAAUUCUUGUUCUUACCCUUCAUUAGUGUGCAUUAAUUGUUAAUUUGUUGUAAAAA